AUGUCCGAUGCUAUCAAUGAUGGAUCGGUAGUUGAAUCAGUCGACGACCAACCGAUUCCUAUCUAUCGGCACCAGAGAAAAUUUCCUUAUCAACGCCUCAAGUGUAUCUUUGUCACUUGCACGAAAUAUUUCUUUUUCUUUUUUAUCGUAAAUUCCUUUUUGUCUUUAAUUUCUACUCUUUCUCCGUCUUCACUCUUUUUCUUCGAGCUUUUCUCUCCUUUCCAUGUUCCUUUUUUCUUAUCUUCUUCUUCUUCUUCUCCUUCGCCCUUCCCGCCCACCUUCGACAUUUGGUUCUUCCUACUUGAACGCAACGCCGCCAUAUUUCUUUUCGUCUUACCGCCACUUCCUGAAAUUAAUGAUCUUUCUUCUCGCAGGGGGGAGAAUAGUAAUGAUUCAACUAUUAUCUACUCCAUCUUUAAAUUUCUUUCUUUUUCUUUUUUUUUUGCUGUUGUUUUUACUUUUUUAAUUAUCUCUUUUCACAUUCCUUUCUUUCUUUCUUUCUUUCUUUCUUUCUUUCUUUCUUUCAUUUUAAUGUUCAUUCUGUCAGUUGAUUCUCUUCUCUCUCUUUCUCCUUCUUUCUACCUUAUUAUCCAUUCCAUCUUCCUUCUUUUAGUCCGAGAUAUUAUGAUAGAAAAUCUUAAGCUUUCUUUCUUUCUUUCUUUCUUUCUUUCUUUCUUUCUUUCUUUCUUUCUUUCUUUCUUUCACUUCUCAUCAUUCACGUUUUCUUUUCUCUCAUUGUUAUCUCUUUCUCGUUAUUUUAAACUUUUUUCUUCCUUUCUUUUUUUAAGAUUUGAUCCUUCAAUUGAUUCCGACCCUUCACUCUUUUCUUCUUUCCCCUAUUAUUUCUCUCGUCUCCCUUUUCUUAUUUUGCCUCAAAUUCUUUCUUUCUUUCUUUCUUUCUUUCUUUCUUUCUUUCUUUCUUUCUUUCUUUCUUUUCUAAUUCUUGUUCUCUCAAAUGAUUCCAACCUUUUUCUCUUUCCCCUCUCUCUCGUUUAUCUCUCCUAUCUUCCUUCUUUCCAUUCUCACUGUUUUGUCAGGAUAUUUUUAAGCGGCUCAAUUCCCUUUUUUCGCCUCCAUCCCUCUCCUUUCUUACCUUGCUCUCCGCAAUCCUUGCGCUCCUAUUUCAAGCUUCCUUUCCUACUUGUAGUUAUCCGUCUUUCAUUCCCAACUUGCUCCGCCUUCUUAUUAUUCGUGUCUCCAUUUUUCUCUUUCUGCAUAGAUCCUCAUCCUCUUCUUUUGUUCAUAGUUAACGCUCUUCCAGUUUUUUCUUCUUCUUCUUCUUCUUCUUCAUUUUCUUUAUCUACAUCUUCAUCAUCAUCUACAUCAUCAUCUCCUUCUUCACCUUCUUUUUCUUCUUCUUCACCUUUUUUCUUCUUCUCCACCUUCUUUUUCUUCUUCUUCGUCUCCUUCUUCUUCACCUUAAUCAUCUUCUUCAUCAGCAUCAUCAUUAUCUACAUCAUCACGAUUGUCAUCUCCUCCUCCUCCUCCUUCUUCUUCUUCUUCUUCUUCUUCUUCAAUUCCUUCAUCUCCUUCUUUUCCUUAAUCUUCUUCAUUUUCUUUAUCUACAUCAUCAUCAUCAUCAUCUCCUUCUUCACCUUCUUUUUUUCUUCGUCUCCUUCUUCUUCACCUUAA